UAGAUUAUUAGAAUAAUAUCAUGUGCAUGAGUUAUUGUUAUUCUAUACACAUUUUGUUUUAUUAUAAAAUGCUUUAAGUUUGAUCAACGAUGAAAAAAGUUGAAAAUGAAUUUAAAAACAAAUUUCAUUUGCUAUACAGCCAAGAAAGCUCGCAAAAAAUUAUAUGGUCUUCGAGUGACUCUAGCGACUAUGAAAAUGUAAGUCACAAAGAAAAUGUUGAAUACAGAAAACACCCACCAAACACAAGGAAGAGAAAAAGACGUUGCAGAAAUAAGCUGAAAAAUGUUUCUAACUUGGAUAUUGUGUACGCGGAGGAUAAACAAACAAGUUCAACAAUCACCACUACAAAAUCUCCGAUCAUAAAAAUAAAUCGCCAGUGCUCCUCACCCAUUUUGUCUAAGCCACGAAAAUAUGUUUCCAGAGACAUAAGACAGAAGUCUCCAAUAGUCUCCAUUCCCCAAACACUAAAUUCACAGAAAAGUAUAAGAAGUCCAGUUUUAAAGUCCAAAACUAUGUCACCAAUACAAAGUCCUAGUGUAAGAAAAAAGCUUUUUGCUAGCAAAGACAGACUGUUACUGCAUAAAGGUGACCAGUGUGACAAUAGUAUUUCACUAGACACUAUAAAACAAUCUAGCAGGGAAAUUCCCAUGCAUAGCAAAUCAGUAAAUAUUUUUUCUACGCUGGGACUAAGGAAUGAAAGUCACAUAGAAAAUAGUAAACCAAAAAAUGAAAAGAUAACAAGUAAGAACCCAGACCUAGUGAAAAGAGUGAAGUCAUAUUUUGAAAACCAUUUCAACUCCCAAGGCAGUUCUCAAAACUCUAUAAGCGAAUAUGAAUCUACACCACUAAGUUACACAAAAACCAGCCAAGAAAUUGAUAUAAUAUCAUUGACUGAUGACAAUGAAAAAUCAAACUCGGAAAUGAUAUCCAGUAAAGAUUCAAGCUUGGAUAUGGACGAUACAAAAACAUCUAAAAUACUGAAGUUGAAAAAAGACGGGCUAGCAUACCGCUUGAAUUCGUUGUUAAAAAAGCAGACUGCCACCAUAUCUAUGUGGCAAAACGAGAAGUUUUUAGCUAGCAAUUCAAAAUUCUCAAUGCCAAAAGGCGAUUUUACCGUGUUCCGAAUACUAAAUGUGCAAUUAAAGUAUGGGUGCUACUUGUUGGAUGCGAAGGAUGUUGACGACCAUAGUUUUAGUAUAAUUAUAAACACUCUUCACGUGAAUAAUGUAAAUCUGGAGGAUAAUAGUUUAUUAAGGUUACACAAACCAUAUGACUGUAUUACUAUUGAUAACUGUAACAUAAUUGUAAAUGUUUUUAAGUUUGAAUGUGAUAAUAGCUAUAAACUAAAAUAAAAUGUGAUAUUUCUAG